AAUGUUCAGAUUUAAACAUUUCAGUUUAGGUUUAUUUAUAAACAUGAAUCUCAAAAUCUUCUCUGUUUUCAUAGACUCCAUGGAGUGCACCAGUUGUCCAGAGGAUUUCUGGUCCAGUCCCCAGCGUGACCACUGUGUUCCUAAGAAAACAGAGUUCCUCUCCUAUCAUGAGCCUCUGGGUAUCUGCUUGACGACAACCUCACUGCUGGGCACAUUUAUCUGUGCUGUUGUCCUAGGCAUCUUCAUCUAUCAUCGCAAAACACCUAUAGUUCGUGCCAACAAUUCUGAACUGAGUUUCCAGCUAUUGCUGUCUCUUAAGUUAUGUUUCCUCUGCUCAUUGCUGUUCAUUGGACGACCCAGACUAUGGACAUGCCAACUGAGACAUGCAGCAUUUGGUAUCAGCUUUGUGCUUUGUGUCUCAUGCAUCCUGGUGAAAACCAUGGUGGUUCUGGCUGUGUUCACAGCCUCCAAGCCAGGAGGUGGAGCCAGUCUGAAGUGGUUUGGUGUUUUACAGCAGAGAGGGACAGUUCUGGUUCUUACUUCUGUUCAAGUGGCAAUCUGUACUGUUUGGCUUUUGUCUGCUUCACCAGCUCCUCAUAAAAACACUCAUUACCACAAUGACAAGAUAGUUUAUGAGUGUGUAGUUGGGUCCACAGUUGGUUUUGCAGUGUUACUGGGCUAUAUUGGUUUACUGGCUAUUCUUAGUUUUCUCAUUGCAUUUCUAGCAAGGAAUCUUCCAGACAGUUUCAAUGAAGCUAGACUCAUAACUUUCAGCAUGCUGAUCUUCUGUGCUGUGUGGGUGGCGUUUGUCCCUGCUUAUAUCAACUCACCAGGCAAGUAUGCUGAUGGAGUUGAGGUAUUUGCCAUCCUGGCCUCCAGUUUUGGCCUCUUGGUGGCACUGUUUGGACCCAAAUGUUAUAUAAUCCUGCUGACACCAGAGAGAAACACGAAAGAAAGCUAUCAUGGGUCGAGGCAUUCAGUCAUAAAAACUGUAUUCACCCUUGUUAGACAUAAUUAA